ACCGUUAGUUUAACAGUCGUCUCACGCGAAAGGAACCACCAACACAAAUUCACAGUUCUCAAGACCCAAGAGAGUGAGAAGAAAGUGAGAGAGAGAGAGAGAGAGAGAGAGAGAGAGAAUAAAGAAAAAUCAUGGAUGCUGAUGCAAUGGGAGGCGGAGGGUACACCCUGCUGAAGGAUUUAAGAUUUGAAAUUGAAGGAAAAGAAGGAACUUUCUCUCUCUGCUUUUGGGUUUAUUUGAUGAACUCCACUACAUUCCCUGCUAUCAUUAUCCAGCAGGUUUACUCCGAUAUCUCCGAAAGUGCUCCUUUUCUUGUUAUUAAUGAUGAUAAGAGAAUCAAUAUUUUACCAGUUCUUCUAUUACAUGAAGAAGCUCCUGAUACUGGCAAUAUGAAUUCCUGGACAGAAGUUCCACAUGCAACUGUGGAUUUUGAGUUUCCUUUGGAAAAAUGGGUUCAUGUUGGAUGUGAGGUUUCUCCAAAUCAUAUCCAGCUUCAGAUUAAUGGAGAGAUUGCAGGAGAAAGGUCUCUGUCUUCCUUAUUAAAUAAGGAAUCCAAUUCUAGUAAUUUGAAGAAAAUAACUUUGGCCAAUGUUGGUGGAGAUGGAAAUACUGUGCAAGGUUAUGUGCACAAUUUUGAAGUAUUCCCUAUUGUUUCUUGUAUCAAGGAUUGCCAUUUAAAGGACCCUCCUCUGAAGUUAUCUAUUGAUGAAUCAUCUGCCUCUGAGAUUGAAGAAGAAAGCGAUGGUGUUUGGAACAUUGUUGGUGGCAAGGCAUCAUGUCGUAGGAACUUCUCUUUGGACGUUGUUCUAUCAGAUGCCUUUGGACAGCCUGUAGAUAAGGAGAAUGAGGUUUUUGCUUCACUUUUGUAUGCUGACACGGGAGCACCAGUGGAGAAUACAAGUGAUGAAGAAGCACCCCUUUUGGCUAGCUAUGAUGGAAUUGAGUUUUCUUCUUCUGAAAGACCAAGUAAACUUUUAUUGGGGCGUGCAUCAUUUAAGCUCAAGAUAUCUCAGCUUUCAUCCAAGUGUGAUAACAGGUUGUUCUUCAUCAGAUUUUGUGUUCCACAAUUAGGAAGUUAUCCUUUUCUUGAGACAUACUCCCGUCCAAUUCGAUGUAUCUCCCGGAGCCGUAACACACGGUUGUCUACUUUGGUAUGGAAAAAGUCAACUUCUGCUCUUCAUCGACUUAGUUUAUCACAAUCUUCAGCAAUGGAUGAUGUAUCCUUGGAAAAUCAGCAUUCUAGUCCUGAAGCAAAAGCCAAUCCACUUAUGAAACGGUUUCGAAUUGGGCAUGACAAGAUAUCUAUAUCAGCAAAGGCUGAUCCCAACUCAGAGCAACCUGAUGAAGAAUGCAAUUCUCGUGCUUGGACUGCUAAUCAGGUUGAGAAUGGGUUUACAACAAGCUUGGACGGCAGACCUGCAAACAUUGAUGAAGCAGAUGACUCUCCAUCUGAUUCAGAGAGUAUAGGGGAGAGAAAUUCACCUUCAAAUAGUAUGGCAAGCAGAAGAUACCCAAUAUCUGAUAUGACUAUUUUCAAAUACUGCCUGGCAGGCUUGGCUGAGAAAUCUCACAUGCUUAAGGAAAUUGCUACGUCUGCUUCUAAAAAAGAAAUUUCGGAGUUGGCUCAUAAUGUGUCAAUCUAUUCAGGAUGUUCACACCAUGGAAAUCAAAUAUUAAUUACCAAGAGAUUGAUAGAAGAUGGAACUAAUCUUUGGAAGGUGAUGUCUCCAAACAACUACCACAUUCCUUGGGAGAGUGCGGUCUAUGAGAUUGAAGAGCAAUUCAUGAAGAUUGCUUCAUGUAGUUCAAGAUCUCUCUCACAUCAGGACCUAGAGCUUCUGAGAAGGAUUGCUGGAUGUCAAGAAUAUCUAACACAAGAGAACUUUGAGAAGUUGUGGUGCUGGUUGUACCCUGUAGCUUUUAUAAUAUCAAGGGACCGGAUAAAUCCUAUCUGGAAUUCCACAUCACCCAAGUGGAUAGAAGGAUUCAUAACUAAGGAAGAGGCAGAAGCUUCACUACAAGGUACCACAGGAUUUCAAGAACCUGGUACCUUUAUACUCCGGUUCCCCACCUCAAGAAGCUGGCCCCAUCCCGAUGCAGGUAGCCUAAUUGUGACUUAUGUUGGCAGUGACUACAAACUUCACCACAGGCUACUUUCUAUGGAUCGUGUUUAUGGUUCCGAUGGCUCUGGUGAUAAAAGAAUUGACGUGAAACCACUGCAAGAUAUGCUACUGGCAGAACCUGAGCUGUCUCGAUUGGGAAGGAUAAUAAGAAGUCAUUAAAGCACAUAGGAAAUAUGGCAGAAUGUCCCUCGACACCUGUAAAGUUGCUUUGAAGGUUGUCAUGGCAAGAUAGACUCAAAGAAGGAGCGGAAAGGUUGUGAUUGAAUUAUGAUAGUAUAUUUUCCAUUUAGCAUGUAUAUUUUGUAAAGAAAGAUUAUAGGGGUGAUAUUUUCAACAUUAGCAGCUGAUGAUCAUUGUAAAACUCAUUCAUUCAUGUGUAACCACCACCGCUAAUGGAGUCAUCCCUGCCCGUUGGAUGCACAUUAAUUAGCAAGAUCUUAACUUAGUGUUCUUUACAUCUAACGGUGGCUUUGUUGUUUUGACAUCUACAUCACGCUUAGAAAAUUUAAGACCGA